GCCAAGAGUGCGACGCGAGUGAGGACGGUUGCGCGAUAGCAGAGUUAUGGUGGUGGAGUGUGCGCGCAUCAGACAGACCCGGCACCGCGGUACUAACUAGGCAGGACCGGCGACCGUUGCGAGCACAGUCUACGAUCGGACAGGGACCCAAACGGAGGUAGGCCAUCGCAGAGUGGACAACUCCUUUCCAGCUCGAAGUGCUACCCCCGCCACCGCGAUACUAGAAGCUACAAAUAGUGCCAGUGUAUAAAAGCUUCCAUUCCAGCAGUACUAAAAGUUAGUAAAGUCUGAAGUGUCUAAGUACACCAAGUAAAGUGAACCACGAAACAAACAAAAAACACUUAAAAGAUAGCUGUGUAGAGUGUAGUAAUACCCGAAUCGCCUUGGUUUGGCGUGUUUAGUGACCAGUUUCGACCAGUGAAUGCAGCAAACCCUUCUGAAGUGACCCACAGAGCGAGAUAAUGGGCAACGGGACGAAAGCCACCCAGCAACGGCAGCCGGAAGAGGAUCGGGCCGAUCUAGCGUCCACUGUGGAGGAGGAGGAACGCGAGCAGCUGACCGCCCCCUCCAAUCUGCACUACAUUCAGCCGAGCUUCAUUUCGCUCAUAAGUGAAAAGCAAUGGAAACCGGACGUGGAAAGGCAGCAGGACGUGCCGGUGUACGGAAGGACCACGAUGGCCACGACGAUACUGACGCAGGAAGCGCACACGAACGGGGCCCGCAUGCAGCUGAUCAUGAGCAUACUGGCGAACCUGACCGUACUGUCGUCCGGUAUGGGGCUGGGAUAUUCGGCCAUUACGCUGCACGCGCUUACCAGCGAGGACAAUCCGAUGCGUAUGAACUCCAGCCAGGCAUCAUGGUUCGCAUCCAUCAGCUCGUUCGCGUGCCCCCUGGGCGGGCUCGUUUCCGGGUACCUGCUGGAUCGCAUCGGGCGCAAGAAGACGCUCAUGCUUAUCAACGUACUCUCGAUCGUGUCCUGGGCGCUGAUCGCCGUCUGCAGCACGACCAACUUUGAUCUGAUGUACACCCAGAUCUUGAUCGCGCGUGUCAUCAUCGGCAUUGUCAUCGGUUUGGUAAGCGCACCGGCCUCGAUCUACUCGGCCGAAAUCGCGACGCCGAAGAUGCGCGGACGGCUAACCGUGCUAACGUCGCUCAGCAUUGCCGUCGGCAUCCUGCUCAUCUACUCGAUGGGCUACGCCGUGCCGGACGAUUUCCGGCUGGUGGCCGGACUGGCGGCCGGCAUCUGCGUACUGUCGCUCGCCCUGCUGCUCUUCAUGCCCGAAUCGCCCGCCUGGCUAAUGUCGAAGGAUCGCGAGGAGGAAGCGGAACGAUCGCUCAAGAAGAUCCGCGGCUACGGUGCGUACAGCCAGCGCAUCCCCGAGGUGGAGAAGGAGCUGAUGCGCAUGCGCGACAACGUGCUCGCUCAGCGCCGUGCCGGGCAGGAAAGCUUCCUGCGCCUGCUGAAGCAACCGCAGGUGUACAAACCGCUCGGCAUCAUUAUCGGCUUUUUCGGCUUCCAGCAGUUUUCCGGCAUCUUCGUGAUCGUGGUGUACGCGGCAAAGGUGUCCUCGGAAGCGAGCGUCUCGAUGGACCCGUUCCUCUGCACGGUGCUGAUCGGGAUAACGCGCGUCGUCGCGACCAUGCUGGUCGCGUACAUCCUGGACACGCUCGGCCGCAAACCACCGUCCAUCUUUUCCGGCGUCGGCAUGCUGGUGUGCAUGUUUGGGCUGGCACUGUGCAGCUACUUCCCACCGAUCGAAUCGCUCAACUGGAUCCCGACCGUGCUGAUCCUGACGUACAUCUUUACCAGCACACUCGGCUUUCUGACCAUGCCGUUCUCGAUGCUGGCGGAGCUGUUCCCGCAAGCGGUGCGUGGGCCUGCCUCCGGUGUGACCGUGUUCUUCACCUACCUGAUGUCGUUCUGCACGAUCAAGCUCUACCCGACGAUGGUGGAGCUGCUCGGCAGCGCGAACGUGUUCCUCAUCUACGGUGCCGUCUCGCUUCUCGGCGUCCUGUACGUCAUCUACAUCGUGCCCGAGACGAAGGGCAAAUCGUUGCAGGAGAUUGAGGAUUACUUCCGCGGCAUGUCGCACGGUUCCACGCCCUCGCAGGAGGUGGAGGAGGACGAGGUGAGCAAUCUGUCGUCGGAGAGCCUGAUCGAGCUGAUACGGGCUGGUUCGGUCGAAGAUGCGCUCCACUACGCACAAACGGUGCGAUGGGAAUGUCCAGGACGUACGCAGCAAGUGGCCAGUGAGAUUGAGCGCACCAUGGCACUACUGUUGAUGGUGCCACAGACUCGUAAUACGGACUCAUCAAGUUCGUUUAGUACGUUACUGGAGCAGCAGCAUCGAGAUCAGGUCGCACGAACAGUCAACGAGGCACUACUGCUCUGGGACAACCGGGAACUGCCCUCCGCACGGAUGGAACAUCUCUUCAAGCUGAUACUAUGGGCACAGGCCGAACUGGAGAGGAAGAUGGUUCAGUUCAGCAAGCUGAAAAAUAUGGCCGAAGCUACAUUUGAGUCGCUCUACCUCGCAGAUUGGAAUAAUCGGUUCAUUAAAAAAAACACACACACACAAACGAACCCUCAGUGUGGCAGGGCACACAGCAUCACUUUUGCCUUAUUCGCGUUCGGUGUUUCGUGGUGUUCGGUGGAGUUUUGUUCCGAUGUGCUAAAAACAAGAGCCAGGGCCGUGUGCUUCUUAAACCGUCACAAGCAAACAACAGGACAUCAUACACACCACACCAUGAGCGGCAAAGAUACGGCCGAGGUGGAGGCCGCCCUGACCGGAAAGCAGCCGCAAUCGCCCUCGAAAAGCCCCACGCAUGCCGUCCUGACGCAGCUGACGCGCCGUGCCGCCAUCGUGCAGAUCGUGACGGCCGUCGUCGCCAACAUUACGAUCAUCUCGUCCGGCAUGGGCAUCGGCUUCCCGUCCAUCGCCAUGAUCGAGCUAACGAACUCGACCACCUCGGUGGUGCUGACGGAAUCGGACGCCACGUGGUUCGCAUCCAUCACGUCGAUUAUGUGCCCGUUCGGGGGGCUGCUUUCCGGCUACCUGCUCGACAAGGUCGGGCGCAAAAAAACGCUCUACUUUAUCAACAUCAUAUCGAUCGUUUCCUGGGCCAUCAUGUCGUUCGCGAGCCGCACCGAUAGUGCGACCCUCUUUAUCCAGCUAAUCGUGGCCCGUAUAAUUAUAGGCAUUGCGAUAGGCUUAUCUAGCACUCCAGCAUCGGUGUACGCGGCCGAGGUCGCCCAUCCAAAUCUUCGCGGACGACUCACGCUGCUGACCGCCUUCUGUACCGCGAUCGGCAUGCUUAGUAUCUACACGCUCGGCUAUGUGUUCAAGAAUGAUUGGCGGUUCGUCUGUAUGAUCUGUGGCAUCUUUACCGUCGUGUCGCUGCUCACCGUCAUACCGCUGCCCGAGUCCCCGAGCUGGCUGGUGAGCAAGAAGCGCAUGCCGAAGGCGGAACGCUGCCUCAAGGUGGUGCGCGCCAUCAAGGAGGAGAAUCAUCCGGAGAUACGGGCCGAGCUGGAGGCGCUCGAGGACAACAUUGCCCGGUUCCGGUCGGCGCAGGAUGGCAAAAAGUCGAAGCUCGAUCAGCUGAAGAAGCCGGAAGUGUACAAACCGCUCGCGAUCAUGUGCACGUUCUUCUUUUUCCAGCAGUUUACCGGCAUCUUUGUCAUUAUCGUGUACGCGGCCAGCUUCUCGAUCGAGGCGGGCGUUGCGAUCGACCCGUUCCUGAGCGCGGUGUUUGUGGGGCUGACGCGUGUCGUCACCACCGUGCUGAUGUCGUUCAUUUCGGACAAGUUCGGUCGCCGACCGCCGGCCCUGUUCUCCGGGUUCGGAAUGGCGACGUGCAUGUUCGGGCUGGCGGUCUGUGCCAUCCAUCCGGUGAAGGGAACGUCGCUUAGCUGGAUCCCGACCGUGCUGCUGGUGGCGUUCAUCUUCACUGCGACGCUUGGCUUCCUUACGCUACCCUUCUCGAUGAAUGCGGAAGUGUAUCCGACCAAGAUUCGUGGCUUUGCGUCCGGGCUGACGAUCUUCUUCGGCUACACCAUGUCGUUCAUCAUCCUCAAGAUCUACCCCUCGCUGGUGGAAACGGUCGGUAACUCGAACGUGUUCAUCCUGUUCGGCUGCCUGUCCAUGCUCGGCAUUGCGUUCGUGUACUUCUUCCUGCCGGAAACAAAGGGCCGCACGCUGGAAGACAUUGAAAGCCAUUUCCGGGGCAAAAAGCACUCGUCACCGGACAGCAAGCAGGAAGUGGAGAUGAAAACGAUGCUGAAAGCGAACGAAGCUGCCUAAGGGUCGUUUUGCAUUGAAAUGGGGAAGGUGCGGAACUGGCAACUGCCGAACAUCUCCCCACCGAACCAAACACUUCUUCUAAAAAGCAAAACACACACAAAAUGAACAACUCAAUGGAACCAUGAACUGUGAUAAGGCACCGGUACAUUAAAGAUUAUGUGCGAUUUGUUUCCUUUUUUCGCUUUUAAUUGUUGAACAAAAAAAAAGGCGACACGCAUUUCACUUAUGAAGCUCCACCACCACCUGCCGGUGUAGCUGCUGCCGGUCGAAUUAAAACGGGGCACGUUAGUUGGGGGAAGGGGGGGAGGCGUGAUAAAGAGGUAUAUCAACGAGACCACACCACACCACACUGCCUGCGAAACCCUCUGCGGUACUCCAAACCAUUCUAAAGACGACAACGGGAGGUUUACUUACUAUAUCUACAACAAAACAAAACAAAACCGAGUGGGAAACAAAAUAUAUGCAAUCCAUCCCAGUUUACAAAGAUAAAGAAAAUUCGAAUCUAUCACAAAA